AUGAUGGAGGUACCGAAGCAUAUGGAGAAGUUUGUCACGGCUAUGCAGCAAGUUUAUCACUUCCCUAUGGCUGUAGACGACAAGCUUGACUGGAAACCACCGCCUUUGAAGCAAGGCCAAGGCCAUCAGGGACGAUAUCUCUGGACCGAUGCCUUUGGCGUCCUCAACUUCAUCACCCUUUUCGUCGAAACAAAACAACCUCAUUUCCUAGUCCUAGCCGCAAUCCUCGUUGAAACAGUACACGACACACUUGGCCGAACGCGAGAUUCGUCUGCCCGGCUACCAGGAGCUUCGGACCAGACUCCGCUUGCUGGUGGACUGCGCAUAGGCAAGACUAAAGCCGCUGGAGCCGAUGGAGACGGACAGUAUCAUCACUACCUCACCAUGUGGAUGUUUGCGCUCAAUCGACUUUCCAUUGCGACGGGCGAAUCGAGUUACAACGACCAGGCUGUGGCAUUAGCAAAAGCAGUACACCCUGCAUUUGUAUAUCAGCGAGAUGCUCCAUUUCCACGUAUGGUCUGGAAGAUGUCGAUGGACCUAUCUCAUCCCCUGUGCCGUGGUGAAGGUAACCUAGACCCGAUAAAUGGUCUCAUUACUUAUCGCGUACUUCAAGAAACUUGCAGUAACCCGAGCAUAUUACAAGACGAGAUCCAUGACUACCAGAGGAUAGUCGACCAGAAAUGGAAAAGCUAUACCUCCUCAGAUACUUUGGAUCUUGGAAUGGCACUUUGGGUUGCUCACUGGUACUCUGAUCAACUCGAGUGCGCAACGGGACUCGCAGACGCCGCUAUCCGUGAUAUGCGAAGGGUGUUCCACGAAACACACUAUCUAGAUGUGCCGAUCACCCAGCGCCUGGCUUUUAGAGAAUUUGGAACGUGUCUGGGUAUUGGAGUCCACUCGACCGAUGAUCUGAAUCCUAUCGCCAAACAGAUAGUUGCAGCCUGGGAGGAAGCGGGCAGAGUACCCAUACCGAUCUACAAUCCCGAAUGGGAGAGUCUCGAAUCGAUCGAUCUUGUCAUGUAUGCUGCAGCAGUGUGUCCGGGGGCCUUCAAAAAGAAUUAUCUGCAUUAA